AUGAGCACCAGCAGCUCCAAAUUCAAGCGUACGCGUGCCGAAUGUGAGGCGAUCCUCACGGCGCCAGGUAUGCCAUGGGAAUUGGACGAGGUUGUUCUGAACGGCCGGCGCCAGAAGGUAUGGAAGAACACACCACCAUACUAUCGUUCGUGGGUUGAGCCGCUGCUCAAGUCUGGUGGUGACAAGGCGUUCAUCUCCUCGCCCCUGCCGCCGCCUGCCAACGCCGAGGAUCGCGAGGUCGUCACUUUUCUUCAGAUGCAUCAACGGACGCUACGGAUGGCUGCGUGGUUGCGCACACAGGGGAUCCGGCAGGGCGAUCGGGUUGCCGUGGCAGCCAACAAUUGCGCCGAGUGGCUCAUGUCCUCGUUCGCAAUCCAUUACCUUGGCGGCGUCGCGGUAGCCGUCAACAGCCACAUGAUCAUCGACUCGAUGGUCUACUGCCUCAGUCACGUCAAGCCCAAACUUGUGCUCGUGGACGAGGGGGUUGCCAAGGAACUCGCACCAAAGGUCAAGGAGCUUAAGGGGAACGGCGUCGGGCCGAUCUGGUGCUGGAGCUCGCUUGACCACCACCCCGCAUCCGUGCGCCAAGCCAUCGGCGUGGCCGUCCCCAACCCCUCCAAGGCGCAAAUAGACGAGAUCAUCGCUGGUGUCGGACUCGAAGGCAUCAACCUCGACAGCCCGUGUACCAUCUACUUUACGUCGGGCACAACGGGUUACCCCAAGGCGGUACUCAGCAACCAGAGGCAGAACCUACACAACGCCCUCUCGGGUACCUUUACGCCUCUGCGCGCAGGUCUGCGCGUCGGCGCUGAACUCAAGGACCUCCUCGCCGCCAAGCCGGAGGGUACACCUCAAUCAGCCAUCCUCCUCCCCAUCCCGCUUUUCCACUGCACGGGCGGCCAGUCAUGGGUGACGCGCUCCCUCAGUGGCGAGGCAAUGUUGGUGUUCAUGCGCCGUUGGAGCGUUCCCGAGGCAAUCAGGCUCAUCGUCAAGCAUAAUAUCAAUAUUGUGGGCGGAGUACCCUCCAUCUCUGCAGCGCUUUAUCAGUCCCCCGACCUGCCCAAGGACUACGUCUUUGACACCAUGUCGUACGGCGGUGCACCGCCGCCCGACUCGCUCGCUGGUAAUCUCAAGAAACGAUGGCCCAACCUCCUGCUUGUGCACGGGUACGGUAUGACCGAGACGAAUGCGGUUCACAACGCCCUCGCGGGCCAGGAUUACGUCGACCAUCCCGACUCGGUCGGCUGGGUCGUUCCUGUAUGUGAGGUCAAAAUCGUACACCCCGACACGAGGGAGGAGUUGCCAACUGGCGAGGUUGGAAUCAUCAUGCUGCGCGGACAGAACGUCAUGUCUCGCUAUCUCGACGAUCCAGAGGCCACCGCAAAGGUAUUUGACAAAGACGGGUGGCUCGAUUCGGGCGACGUGGGUUGUGUCGACGAAGAGGAACUACUGUACAUCCGAGACCGGAGCAAGGACUUGAUCAUCCGUGGCGGUGAGAAUAUUGCUUCCCUCGAAGUUGAGAAUGCGCUCUACCGAGACGACCGCAUUGCCGAGGCCGCAGCCGUUCCCGUGCCAUGCCCAAUUAUGGGCGAACGCGUCGGCGCCAUGGUCAGCCUUGCGCCUGGAUGCACUGCCUCCGCAGAGAGUAUCAUGAGCGAGGCCUUCCCGAGGUUACGACACGCCGCCCGGCCCGUCAUCGUCGUUGUUCACCACGAGGAACUACCGCGCAAUGCCAACGGCAAGAUUGUCAAGACGGACGUGAAGAAGAUGGUCGGCGAAAAGUGGAAGAAGGAGCAGCCCCGCGCAAAGCUCUAA